UUUCUCCCUCUCAGAAUUCCCCACCUACCUGUCUGAACAGGGAGCAGUAGAGCGCUGUGGGACAGAGGAGAGAAAGAGGAGAAAGAAAGAGAGAGAGAGGAGGAGAGUAGGAGGAACAAAGACAUAGUGAGGGAGAACAGGAAAGUGGUGUGUGUAUUGAGAAGAGAGUGGACUGACGGAGAGGUAGGGAGUAGCGGGGUGCAUAAGAGAAGCGUUGUGAGGAGGUUGCUCUGUUUUUGUCCUUUGGAAAACCUUUUCCCUGUUGGUGUCGUGCUGGCUUGUUAUGGAUGCUAUCAUGCUGCAGGAGAAACUAGUGGAACGCUUGCUGUGCCCUCGAGUCAGAACGGCGAGGCGGAAGGAGAAGCAGUAUGUGGGCUUUGCCACCCUCCCUAACCAGGUGCACAGGAAGUCAGUGAAAAAGGGUUUUGACUUCACUCUCAUGGUCGCCGGGGAGUCUGGUAUGGGUAAAUCUACUCUUGUCAACAGCCUGUUCCUCACAGACCUGUACAAGGACAGGAAACUACUCAACGCUGAGGAGCGUAUCAACCAGACAGUGGAAAUCAUUAAGCAUACAGUGGACAUUGAGGAGAAGGGAGUGAAGCUCAAGUUGACCAUUGUAGACACGCCAGGGUUUGGAGACGCUGUCAACAACAAUGAAUGCUGGAAGCCGAUCACAGACUACAUCGACCAGCAGUUUGAGCAGUACUUCAGAGAUGAGAGUGGACUGAACAGGAAGAAUAUACAGGACAACAGAGUCCACUGCUGCCUCUACUUUAUUCCUCCGUUCGGACACGGACUGCGUCCAGUAGAUGUUGAGUUUAUGAAGGCUCUCCAUGAGAAGGUGAACGUGGUUCCUCUCAUUGCCAAGGCUGACUGUCUCACUCCCAAUGAGAUCAAGAAACUCAAAGACAGGGUCCGUGAGGAAAUUGAGAGGUUUGGCAUUAAGGUGUACCAGUUUCCAGAGUGUGACUCUGAUGAGGACGAGGAGUUCAAACAACUGGACAAAGAACUGAAGGAGUGCUGUCCGUUAGCAGUGAUUGGCAGUAACACAGUGGUUGAGGCCAGGGGCCAGAGAGUGAGAGGGAGACUCUAUCCAUGGGGUAUUGUGGAAGUGGAGAACCAGUCUCACUGUGACUUUGUGAAGCUGAGGAACAUGUUGAUUCGCUCUCACAUGCAUGACCUCAAAGAUGUGACAUGUGAUGUGCACUAUGAGAACUACAGAGCCCAGUGUAUACAGGACAUGACCAGUAAACUGACGCAGGACAACCGCAUGGAAAGCCCGAUCCCCAUCCUGCCCCUAUCCACCCCAGAUGUGGAGACAGACAGACUCAUCAAGAUGAAAGAUGAAGAGUUGGCGAGGAUGCAAGAGAUGCUAAAUAAGAUGCAGCAACAGAUCCAUGAUGGGAAGGACCAGUGAGCUACAGCCCCAUCUGCUGGCAACUGAACUACAACCACAACUUCAGACAUGUUACUUACAUACCAACUAUAAUGUAAUCAGGGGUGAAAGUAUAUUUAAUGAGGACCUCCUAUGAGUGCACGUGCACGCCAUUUUGUUAUGGGCCUAAUAAUAUAAUUAGUUAUAGAAUCCCUAUUAAUUUAAUAGGAUCUCUGUGACCUAAUAGUAAAGAUUACUGUUAACUUUAAAAUAUAUUGGCCUACCUAUUAAUGUAUCAUAAACACAACCAGUCAUCAUGUUUUCAUCUGAUUGUGAAACAAUUACUCCAAAAGGCUACUAUAGGCUUCCAUUAUUCGACUCUAAAAUAAUUCCCGCAUCCGUGCACUGUGCACCUGCCAUUUGAUAAAUGCUAAGAGACAUCAGUUGCAAAACACCAAAACGUUUAGUGAAUGACAUUCUGUCAUGGUCAUUCACUAGGCCUACAAAAGUCUUGUAACCUGAAUUGAUGCGUCCUCUGCUGUCCACGCCCGUCUCGGCCACUUAUCUCUGCCAUGGCAAAAUGUAUGUGUUAUUGUCGAACCACGCUGCAUUUUCGAGCGUAACCCAAUCGUUUUUGUCUGUUCGCUCAUUCUUCAUGCGGUAAUGAUAAGUAAUAGUAUAUAAGCCUACAGUUGGAAUCACUAGGUUUUAAUUAUUGUGACAGGCUCAUGCUUUACCGGUACAGUGUACCCCCACUGUACUCCGUACAGGACCUGCUUACUUUCACCCCUGGAUAUAAUCAGCACUGUGUUGGGGGAAAACAGUAGCUGCAUGUUCAUUGGUCAUUUGUUUUUUGGUGCUUGCAUAUUUGGUUUGUCCUGCAAUGAGAAAUGUGGUGUUUUUACUGUAUCUUGAGUCCAUUUGAACCCCAUUUAAUAUUAUUGACGGUCCUAGUAACAUAUGACAUAACAUAAACAUGUAAUAUAAAUGACCUGUUAAAUGUAUCCAAUUUAUAAAUAUGGUGAAUACUUUUGGUCAGGUGAUGAAGACGCAUUACAAAAUGUUUUGUAAAACAGCGAUAUUACUGAUGUUAAAGUUUGAAUCCUUGUUGAUGGUGUGUGUGUGUGUGUGUGUGUGUGUGUGUGUGUGUGUGUGUGUGUGUGUGUGUGUGUGUGUGUUUCCAUAUGUAUCACCCUCUAUUACGAGAACCUUGUUCUGCUUUGAAACUGUGAGAAUCCGCUUCCCCUUUCUCAGUGGCAUUUCUUGUAUGUUCUAGCUACAGACUAAUGAACAAUAGGCUACCUAAGAAUCUGAACAUAAAUGUAACGUAUUAACUUUUUACUGCUGGUCUCUACUUCAACUUGUUGAGAAGACCUUUCUCAUGUUUUGGUGCUUGUGAAUUAGAUUGAAAAUGUCUCUAGCGCCAGUUGCUUACCUUACAGUGAAUUGAGCCCCUCUGACAUACAGUACAUAGCAAAUGAAAGGGUAGGGACAGAACAGUAAGGGGUGCAUGUGCAAGCAUGCCGAAGUUACUCAAAUCUGCUUACAGCUGGAUUUCCACUCUCUCAUAUGAUGCAAUGUGUUUGUUCUGAAAUGCAUUAUGACCUAUGCCACAGUACCACUAUGGGAUGGUAAAAAGAGGCCAAAUUUUAAGAGGAGCUACUGUAUAUAUGUGUGUGUGUGUGUGUGUGUGUGUGUGUGUGUGUGUGUGUGUGUGUGUGUGUGUGUGUGUGUGUGUGUGUGUGUGUGUGUGUGUGUGUGUGUGUGUGUGUGUGUGUGUGUGUGUGAAGUUUAUGCUGCCCUCUGGCUGUGUCAUACAGGGUGGUGAUUGUGGCUUUUUAUAGUGCUCGCGCUCAGAGGACGUGGUGGAACUACUGACCAGGUUAUGAGGACGAAUAAACAGUCUUGAUUCAUAUCAGUGUUUCUUCAUUAUGUCUUUAUCUGAAAAAAAUUAUAUAAAUACACUAUUGUUUCAAGUACGAUCUUACUGACACUAAUAUUUCUACAAGGAAGGUCUUGACUGGUUCUCAAAUGACGCCCUAUCCCUUAUAAUAUAUUGCGUUACUUUUGACCAGAGCCUUAGGGCAGUAAGGACACUAAAUAGGGAAUAGGGUACCAUUUGAGACACAGCUCCUGAGACAUCCUGUAGGCCCCAUGCAGGCAGGCCUGUGUGGGGGAAGUCGGGCUACAGUAGCUGAAUAAAGUGCUGAGUCACAACGUAUCUCCUUGGACCUCACUUCCCCUCUGGCCCACAGUCAGAUCCAUCACUAACCCAACUGACUGUUUGGAGCUGAAUGAUGAGGGCUUUGCUGCAGCUAUAGUAUAGUUACUGUAGACGGUGAACCAACGAGCCGUUGUGGGGAACGUUUAUCCUGGGUUGCACCCAGAGAAGUAGGAAGCUUAGCUGCUAUGCUAGUGUACUGUGGUCUGUCACAUACAGUAUGGUAAAAUACUGUUGAUCUGUGGAUAGUUUGUAGAGAUGUAUCAAUAGGGGCCAGUAGUGUUAGUAUUAACUGUAUCUAUACACCCCCCUGAAGCUUAAAUAUGGCUUCCCUGACAGGAGCCUCUAUGGCAGCGAUAAGGAGUAAAAUGCUGCUGACAUUAAAUAAAUAUGUUCUUCCUGUGUCCAA